GUUGAAAGCCAAAUGCUAGUCUGUCUAAAAGAAAUGGAAGAUAAUGUCUAGAUGUUUUUAAUAGAGGAGAUCAAGUUUCCAAAUUGCCUGGCUGGGCUGAUGAGACAGUGGAUUGCGCAGUGAGAUGGAACAGAGUAAAUAGGCAAUUCAACGUCAUUGCUUUGGCCACUGGUAACUUGUGGAAUAGAAACCGUCUGGAAUGCAAUUUGAACCACAAAGCAUCUAGGAUUAGACCCACCCGUUGUAUAAAUGAUAAUGCAUUUACAUGACAUUUCAACAUUCUAUGGCAGCCAUGUUAGCUCCUCAUUAACAUUACAUGGGUAAUAUUCAAACAAUGCUUACGUAACUGAUUUGUCUAGAAUUAGAACAAUAUUCACAAUUCUAAAAGUCGGCCUAACUCUUUAAAUACAUGACUCUGAUCACGACAAUCCACUGAAUGACAGAAGGGAGAUCACAAUCAGUUCCAACAAGUGGAAUAGAAUAAACUCUUCCAUUUUCAAGAGUGUCAAAGUAAUAUACAAACCUUUCCAUCGCCGAUUCUCCAGGCAGAUAUCUUAUUCUGUGCCUAGUGAACUGCAGUGUGUCUUGUCUUCAUGCACAGCCCUGUCAUUGUCGUGCCGCGCAUUAGUGACAGAAGAUACAUUACUUGGUAGGAAUCUAAUUAGAUGUCCCCCAACGACCUAAUAGGCGUGUCUCCUGCUGCAUGUACAGUAGAGAGAAGGCUAUUAAUCCAAGGAUAACCUCUAUCUCUUCAGACAACAAGCUGAGUGUAGUACGCUGGCAGGCUUUUCCAUCCGCUGUGGAAAAAUGUUGAUUGAGUAACAAAUGGCACCUUGUUUAGCCCUUAGUUGCCAGCGAUGAGACUUGGUCUCUCUCUUCAUUGGUGACAAGUUCAGUACUGUCGAGCGGGAGUCCAUUCUGAGCAGGGCCAGUCAUCUAUGUGAGCUAUGUGGACGACAGACGACAGCACAGAAAUGCUGUGCAAAAUGUGCAUCUGUGGUCAAAUCAGGUGCUUCUAUAGUACUUUUGUUUAAAAAAACUUUUUUUUUUUUUAAAGUACAACCUCAAGAUGUUGUUGCUAGUAUUUGAGUAAAGGGUAGCAAGUGGUCACGGUUGUCUGCUGUGGUCUGGAGCAACAAACAAACAAAAAAGGUCAUUCUGAAUGUUCCUGUACGGUGACCAGGAUUACAACUUCACAACUCUAGUACAGACCGACAUUGACCUGAGUUGCUUCUUCUCUGUAUUGAAUGAACGAGGAAUGAUUAGGAAAGCCAGAAGCUACCCCUAAAAGGAGACAAACGUUUCCUGCCAGGAGUUCAAUCAGCAAGGCAAAUAGUUUCCAGUAAAGACGUUCAAUUCUCUGAAUAGUAGAAAUGAAAACCCAAUUCAUUCAGUGGACCUAAUAAUCAAUCAACCAAUUCUUCCCAAAAUGCUUAGGCAACGGUAAACCAAUUUUAACAACACGACUACAAUGAUCUCUUUUAUAGCCCUAGACAAGAGUAAAACAUUUUUAGACAAGAGGAUAAACAUAGGGUCACGAUAGCUACAGUACUAAAAUUAGCCCCCAGAUAUAGUCCAUCUAGGGUUAUUCUUGGAGUAAUUGACAUUAGACAAUGAGCGGCCAAAGGAGGGGUCAUGGUGCAAAUGGCCCUCCAAAGUUAUUUAAAAAAGAAGAACAAGAAAGAACCAAUUGUGCUAGAGUCAACAACUAGACCCCCGAAGGAGAUCGUAGAGAGUCCGGACUAGGGGACGAUCGUGAUUGGCCGAUAACUCCCAAACAGAAACAGGGCGGUCCCGUUGAAUUAGUCGAGAUAUAGGCAAAAGCCAUAGGCAGAUAUCCUGUUGGGAUCAAACCCGGGGGUAAUCUGAUGAGUCUCUGUUUGAAGUGAUUAUCAUGGAAGGAAACUAAGGGAUAGCCCAGCUUCUCGCCUAAUUAGCAAAUUUAGUGCAGAGCCUUAAGAAGUUUAUAAAGACACUGGCUGAGGACAGGAGGGGACAGUCCUCAACAUAUCAACUCAUAUCAACUCACCAGGAUAGCCACCGGAUAGCAGCAGCUUAACUGAAAUCCUACUGCUACUUUGAGCUGUUCUACAACUAGCAGACCAGACCUGAAGACAGACUCUCUCUGACCGAUGAGAAUGCCACACUUAAGUGACUGUAGUUACUACAAGAUGCGAGACGGAGCACGAGUUUCCAAUGUCUGUAUGGAACAGGUCCAGAGCCACCUGGAGGGCUCUAAGUUCCACCUGCACCAGGCCCAGAGUCAGCAGGUCAAGCAGUACCUGACCCUGGGUUCCAAGCUGGCCGGGGGACAAGGGGGCCACCCUCACCCCACUGCGCAGGGAGGGCAGCUCCUGGGCACCGUUCCAGUGAUGAGGAAUGCUCACAUGGCCCCCCUCAGCGAUGGCAGCACCCCCAGCAGCCCCGUUACACUGCUGACCCUGGCAUCCAACCACGACAGCGAGUUUCCAAUGGAUGAAGUUAUUGAUGACUUGAUUAGCCUGGAGUCCGGCUUCAAUGACGGGGGCUUGGAUUGUAUGGAUCCCAGCAUCAUAAUGCAAAACAAUGUGCUGAGCAGCAGCAUGCUGGACAUCUAUGGGUGUGAACCAGAACAUGAAACGAGAGUGAUGGCCAAAGAACGACAGAAGAAAGACAAUCACAACUUGAUUGAAAGAAGACGAAGAUACAAUAUCAACUACAGAAUCAAAGAACUUGGAACAAUGAUACCAAAGUCGAAUGACCCUGAUAUGCGCUGGAACAAAGGCACCAUUCUCAAGGCGUCGGUGGAGUACAUCAAGUGGCUGCAGAAGGAGCAGCAACACGCCAGAGAGCUGGAGAACAGGCAGAAGAAGAUGGAGCAGGCCAACAGGAGGCUACUGCUCAGGAUCCAGGAGUUGGAGAUCCAGGCCCGUGCUCACGGCCUCCCCAGCAUGGCCACUGCCCUGGGUACUGUAGAGCUCUCCUCCCAUCUCCUCAAACAACAGCAGCAGCAGCCCUUGGCUCCCCAGUCACAGCAGGGUCCUCAGCCACCCCUGUACCAGGAAGAGCUGAACGGGGAGUACCUCCAGAGGACCUCCAUGCCAGCUAUGACCACUGGGGGCGUCACUGGGGUUACAGACCAGGGUCAGGGGGUGGUUGACGGCUCCACCACUUUCUCCGACCCGCUUUCUCACUUCACAGACUUCUUCAGCGCCACGCUCAAAGAGGAGCAACGGCUGGACGAGAUCCUCAUGGACAACCCGCUCUCGCCGUUCGGCACCGACCCGCUUCUCUCCGCCGGCUCACCCGAAGCCUCCAAGGACUCCAGUCACAGGAGCAGCUUCAGCUCGGACGAUGACGACCUAUGAUCCCUGACCCCUACGCGACCCCCACGGUGACCCUGUGUCAAAGGUCAAAGGACAUAGAGCAGUUGGUCACCCUCACAAAUUGGUGUGGGGAUUUGUUCCAGCCCAGCACCAACAACACAUCCGAUUCUACUGACCAGCUCGAAUCAAUGAGAGCUUGAUUAGUGGGCUCAGGUGUGUAAGUGCUGGGCCAGAGCAGAUGCCUGCACACCCUGUGGCUCUCCAGGACCAGGGUUAGUUACCACUGGCACUCCCACUUUUUACAAACUUUGGUGGAGAGUGUGUACCUCGCGGGCAGAACCAGGCUCAUGAGAAAAAGGGAGAAAGACAAUCGGUCCAUACUGAUCAUAUGAUUCGGUUCCAAAAUGCAUUGGACACUGGGGUUGUUGUACACCACUGUAAACGUUGCAAUAUGCCAAAAGAGGACAGUGUCCUUUUUCAGAUGUCUACUAUUACAGUUAUUGUAUAAAAUGACUUUAAACCACUGAGGUUCACUGAUGGGCACUAUCUAGAGCUAGUUACUGGUGGUUCCUCUUUCAGACAGAAAUUAAAAUGGAACAGUGAUACUUGGCGAAAAAGCCUAACACUUCCUUUGUUUGUCUUUAAAUGUAUUUUUACCAAAUGUUUUAUGUAUGUAUGUGUUUUAAUCCAUGUAUUCCUAAAAAAAAACAUGACAUUAUCUAACAUGCUCUCUUUUGUAUUUUUAGUGGGGGUGGGGAAAAAAAAAUAAACCCCUUUUUUUAAA